UCGCUGCCCUUCCCAGCGCUCCCCGCUCUUCCUGGAUACUGAAGCGCGCGGAGCCUCGGUAGAGCGCGGCCGGGCAGGCAGGGGUGCCGGCGCGAGCGUUGGGCGGGCUUGCGGUGGUGUGACCCGGGCCCUGCUCCCUGGCCUUCCCUGCUGCUCGGGGACGGCUCGUCCUGCUGCAGCUCCCCCGCCCCCAUUCCCCCGUUCUACCCUCCUGGAUCCCUUCUUAAGGCCCGCGCUUCUCGCCCGCAUCUGCCUCCGACGCUGGGCCUCCAGGGAGAGCCGACACACGCGGGCCCUGUCUCUAGGAGCAUGCGGGCGAGGUCCCCUGCACUCGGAGAUAUGGAGGAGCUCCGGCGGUCCUACAGCCGCCUGUGCAAGGAGAGCGGGGCCGAGCCGCAGGAGGCUGUCCUGCGGCAGCUGCACCAGCCUCAGCAGGGCCGACUGGAUUUGGCUGGGCACAGCCUGACUGUGGACACCUGUAGGGCCUUGGGCAAGCUGCUGCAAAACCAGACGGUGUGGACGGAGCUGGUUCUCAGCGACUGCAUGCUGAGCGAAGAAGGGGCCACAAUGCUGCUUCAAGGGCUCAGUGCCAACACUGUCAUGCGACUUCUGGAUCUGAAGGGCAAUAACCUGCGGGCUGCAGGGGCCGAGGCUCUGGGAAAACUCCUCCGACAGAACCAGUCCAUUCAGAGCCUCACCUUGGAGUGGAACAACCUGGGCACAUGGGAAGAGGCCUUCACCACCUUCUGUAGGGGCCUGGCAGCCAACAGUACCCUGCGGCAGCUGGACCUCCGAAACAACCAGAUCAGUCACAAAGGUGCAGAGGAGCUGGCCCUGGCCCUGCAGGGCAACGCCACCCUCCAGCAAUUGGACUUGCGCUGGAAUAACAUUGGCCUCCUGGGAGGUAGGUCCCUGGUGAACUGUCUACCCAGCAACAGAACCCUGUGGAGGCUGGACCUGGCUGGGAACAAUGUCCCUGGUGACAUCCUCAGAGCCGUGGAACAAGCCAUGGACCACAACCAGGACCAGCAUACUGCCUUCCAGGAGAACCAGGUCCGGACCCAUAUCCUCAGCAGGGAGGUUCAGCACCUCCAGAAGGAGAAGUCCAAGCAGUUUGUGGAUUUGAUGGAGACAAUUGAUAAGCAACGAGAAGAGAUGGCCAAGAGCAGCCGGUUGCAGAUGACUGAGGCUGCCCUGGCUCUGUCUGAUCAGAAGGCCCAGGAUCUGGGGGAACUGCUGGCCACGACACAGCAGGAGCACAGGCUGAGACAGCAGGAAGCUGCAGAGCAGGAGUCUAAGCUCCUCAGGGAUUUGUCAGCCACCAAUGAAAAGAACCUGCUGCUUCAAAACCAGGUGGAUGAGCUGGAGCGGAAGGUGAAGUCUCAGCAGGAGCAUCUAUUUCUGACCAGACAAGAGCUGACCCACACAUCAGCCGAGCUGAAGAUGCGAACUGUCCAGGCUGAGGAGCGCCUGGACAUGGAGAAGAGAAGGGCCCGGCAGAGCUUAGAGGACUCUGAGAAGCUGCACUUCAAGGAGGUAGAGUGCAUUACCCGCCACCUAGAGGAGAGCCAGAAGGCCAUGCAGGAGAGGGUCCACAGGCUGGAGACCCUACGGCUGUCCCUGGAGGAGGAGCUGAGCUGUGUGAAGGCAGCGGCACUCAGCCAGCGUGGCCAGGCUGAAGAGGAGCUCAUGAAGGUCAGGAACCAAGCCCGCCUGGAGGAGCAACAGCACCUGGCGCAUAUGGAGGAGAAGCUGCAGCUGCUGGCACGAGCGCGGGAUGAGGCUCAGAGUGUCUGUACACAGCAGAAGCAGAUGAUGGCCGAUGCCCAGGUGCGGGCCAGCCAACUCCGCCUGCAGGUGGAGGGGCAGCAGCGGCGCCUGGAGGAGCUGCAGCAGGAGCUGAGCAGCAAGGACCAGGAAAAGGUGGCUGAGGUUAGCAGAGUACGGGUGGAGCUGCAGGAGCAGAUAGGCCGUCUGCAAGCUGAGUUGGCGGGCCAGGAAGCAUUGAGGGAGAAGGUGGCCGCCCUGGAGCGCCAGUUGAAAGUGAUCGCUAAUGACCACCGGGGAGCGCUGCUGGACAAGGAGAGCGAGAACGCAUCCCUCCGGGAGAAGCUACGGCUCAAGGAGGCAGAGAUUGCGCGCAUCCGGGACGAGGAAGCCCAGAGGGCAAGCUUCCUUCAAAAUGCCAUCCUGACGUAUGUGCAGGGGUCCUCUCUGAGGUCCCUGAGCCCUCCAAAGUGAGGGGAGGCAAGGAUGCCCCAGAACAUCCUAGCGCCGCGCCUAAGGAGGCGCUCUUUCAUCCACAUCCCACAGCAGUGCAGCGCAAGAGGUCUGACCGCGAGCUCAGCAGCCGCGCCGCCAAAGUGAGGCGGGAAAUACAGAACUUUUUUCUUAAAUA